AUGUCUGAAAGGAAAGGGAUCAAUAAGUAUUAUCCUCCCGAUUGGGAUCCUACGAAAGUCCCUAAAAAGCUAAAGCCAAAAAGCCUGACAAUAAAAGUCAGGCUUGAAACUCCAUAUUCUAUGAGAUGCUUAAAAUGUGAUGAAUAUAUCGGUGUUGGAAGGAAGUUCAAUGCCAAGAAGGAAAUAACAAAGGAAAAGUACUUGAACAUGAAAAUACUUCGAAUACAUAUAAGUUGCCCGCACUGCAAUAAUCCCAUAACUUUCAAGACGAGCCCUCAAACAGCCGGGUAUGUACCUGAGACAGGCGCAAGGCGAAACUAUACACCAAAGCAAAGUAUUUCAAAGGUGCCAGAGGACCACAUUGAAACAGAAGAUGAGAUAUUGUUGAGGCUAGAAAAGGAAGAACAAGAGAAUAAAUCAUAUCAGAUUUUGAAAGAGAAAAGAAAGAAGAAUCCUUUUUGGAAACAAACGGAAUCUUUAAAAGACAGCGAUGGCAACAUAAUGGAAGCUUUAGAAAAAAGGUUGGACGAGCAGGUACGACAGCAACAGUUGAAUGAUGAGUUGGAAGAUUUACAACAUCGAAGUUCCAAAAUACAAGAGCAAGGAGGUACUGAUAUGUUACUCGAUAAAGCCGAAAAAGAGAUGGCAUUACACCACCAAGCUCUGCUGUCUCAAGAUGAUGAAGAUGUCAAGUUAGCAAUGAAUGCAUUUAAGAAUUUGGAUUCAAUAAGGACGGAUUUGGGCUUCAAAGCCCAAAACAAGCAGCAUCUAAAAGGGAGGGGCCAAUUCCAAAAAAUCAAGGUUAGAAGAAAAGAGAAUAGUAGAAUUGAGUCUCGUAAGCCGGAGGAAGAGGAAAAAGAUCCUAUUCAGCUAAUUGGAGGCUAUAGUUCGGACACAGAUGAAGAAUAG